CUUAUCAACCAUGAAACUUCACCUUUGAAACCAUUACAACCUAGCACAGAAAGUACUGAUUUAAAGAUUCAUAGGCCUACAGACUUACUUAGCGCUGAUGGCCCUGAUUGUAAUUAUGAAAUCACUGAAGACGACAAAGUUGGUAACAAUAUUUCUCUUGUAGAAGUAGCAGUGCCAAGGUCAGCACCCGCAAAUGUUGAAGGCCAUCAGGUUGCAAAUCACAAUAGUCGAAAAAGGAAGUUUAAAGAAAAUAGUGAGAAGUUGCAGCUUCCAGAUUCUAUUCAUUCUAUGUUUCAAGGUCAGCAUAAAAGAUGGAUAGACAACCCAACAGACCACAACAACAGAAUUAGAUCAUUUCCCCACAUGGAGGGCAACUGGGCAACUCAUAUAUUUAUACCAGUUGACAAAGACGAGAGGUUUAUUCAGUUUGUGACUGAUGUCAUCCAACUCUUUAAGCCAUUAGAAAUAGAAACUUUUCCUGAAUUUCAUGUCAGCUUAUCAAGAACUGUAACUAUCAGGCACCAUUGGAUUGAACCUUUAGUUGAUUCUCUUCGAGAAAAUCUUAAAGCUUUAAAAAGUUGUAUCUGUGAUUUGACAGAAAUCAAGCUAUAUACAAAUGAUGAGAAAACAAGAACUUUUGUGUGUAUAGAACUUUCACAGGAUGAGCAUGAUCUGCUUGAAUAUGUAAAAGCUGUGGACAAAUGCUUUGCUGAGUUUAAGCUUCCACCUUAUUAUUCAAACCCCUCAUUUCACAUCAGUAUUGGCUGGUGUUUAGGAGAUGUGGUUGAUCAAGUCACAGAGGCACAACUUUUAAAAGCAAAGGAAAUGCUUGGAGAGUUUAUGGCUGCAAACCCUGAAUUAAGCAUCGUAUUGGCACAACAGAUCUGGUGUCAAGCAGGGAACAAAUCAUUUGUUAUAUCACUGAGCGAUGCUAAUAGAUGAGUUUAACAAAACAAGCCUAAUGAGCGCAAUAGAUGAAGUGCAAAGUCAGGAAUAAACAACUUGGUGUAGUUGUAAAAAAGAGAUAAAUAUGACAAGAGAUAUCCCUUACUGCAGUGAUUUUCUUUUCUGGAAAUCUUGGGUGUAGAAGGAAUGAGCUAUUCUGUCACUGAAUAUCCCGUAAUAUAGCAACCACUUGAGGUUUUGUAUCCUAGUACGAUAAGCUGAUUUAAAAUUGUCA